AUGCCCGCACCACGCUACGGUGCUUCCCCACUGACCCGUAAUCGCCUCAGCGCUUCUUCAUCACGUCGUCACCGCUCGUCGACCUCGCACCGACUGCGUUCGAUCGUACUCCUCCCUUCGAGAACGAUCCUCCUCCUCGUCGUCUUUUACGCCGAGUACGCCACCUUUUACCUCCACACUUCGGCCUGUCGAUUCGACGAUGCACCUUCGAGCAAGGGCAAGGUCUGGAAACCGCUUGCGCCGCCGUUGAAGAGGGCCGACAGCGCGACCGAACCCGCUGCGAGGUCACCGAGCUUUGGCGAUUGGGACGAUGAUCCGAGAUGGAAGGGGCACAGACCUUGGCAUGUCUUGCUCGUUUCGGUAAGCACUCACAAGGUUGAUAGUGAGGGAACCGGCCGACGGCAGCUCAUAUAAGGGAAUUGUCGCUUGCCCACUCGCUCGCUUGCCCUCACAGGAUCCUCAAAUUUUGGAUAUGAGAUCCUACCCCGGUCGCUCGUGGAUAGGACGCUACCUCGGCAUCAAAUUCACGGAUGCGUACAUCAGAAAAGCGUGGAGAUUCGUCAGCAAAGCUUCGGGCUCGCAUGGCAAGAUCGAUUCCGUCGUUUGGCUCGGCGACUUGCUCGAUUCAGGAGUCGAGAACGUCGAUCUCGUCGAGUGAGUUGGGCAGGAUGAGUGGGUUCAUGGGUCUAGUUUAUCCGAGUUGACCUUGCGAUCACUUAUUAUUCAGACACGCCAAGUACUCGUCCCGAUUCUUUCGAUUAUUCCCUCCACCGCCGUCCACUCUUUCAAAAUCGCCUUCCACCAUCUACAUACCUGGAAAUCACGAUCUGGGACUUCACACCCCUUCGACGUACGGAAGGAAGCGGUUUCGCGAUAACUUUGGGCCGACGAACGGGAUCGUCGAAGUUGGGGGUUGGGAACUCGUUUGGAUCGAUGCGAUGGCGGUGUUGGAACCCGGCGUUGAAGGGAGGGAAGCGAGGAAUUGGAUCGCGAAAUUGGGCGAGAGUGAGUGGAACCCAUUCUUCUUGAGGAGUUGGUGAGCAAACGAAGCUAAUGGGAUCAAUCGCCUUGGCAGACAAAUCGAACCUCCCUCGGGUCCUCUUCACCCACAUCCCAUUAUAUCGACCCGAGGGGACGUUUUGCGGCGCCUCACGCGAGUCGCAGAACGCUCUACGCCAAGGUUCGGGGCUCAAUUACCAAAAUGAGUUGGACGAAGAAACCACGCAGUGGCUUGUUAGAUCCUUGAAACCGAAUCUGGUCUAUAGCGGCGACGAUCAUGACUCGUGCAUCGUCAGACAUCCUUUUUUGAUCGACGGCGAAACACCGCUGAUUGAGACAACUGUUAAAGCAUUCGUGAGUCGGGAUCAAUCGUUCUUUUGCUAGGAGUCGACAUUAUAUCUCGUCGUACUGAUGGCCUCUCAUCCUUGCUUUAGUCUAUGGCGAUGGGGAUCCGUAAACCGGGAUACCACCUCUUAUCCCUCUACGCGCCCAAGGACAGCUCCAACCCUUCGACCUCGGCGACCUUCACACAAACGAACUGCGUCCUCCCCGACCAAAUUUACCUCUGGACCCGCAUCUACAUCCCCUUGUACCUCCUACUGAUCUUGCUUUUCCUCGCACCGAAACUGUGGAGAAUGAUCACGGGUUCAUUAAAGCGAUCUAGUGCUAGCGCUAGGUCGAAUGGAUUACCGAUCCACCGGAAUCGAUCAUCACUUUCGAGACAAUGGUUGGGAAGAGGAUCCAAAGUCGACGCUGGCUACGACGAGGCCGGUGAUGAUGACGACUCGCAGUUCCCAUCCUUUUCGUUCCUUGCGACGCCAAGUGACGAUUAUGCGUAUCAUUCAGGCGUAGGCGCAGAGGAGUUGCCGACGAGUAGUUCGCCGAAUCGAAGUCAGGGUCAUUCGCGAAGAUCGAGCAUGUUGGAUGAUGAAGAUGAGGAGGAGGAAGAGCUCGAGUUGGGGAACAAGGUCCGGAGGUUGUCGAGGGUCUACAUGUGGGAAAGUAAGGGAACUUUUGUUGGCGGUGGCGGCGGUGCAGGAGGUGGGAGUGCAGGCGAGACGAGUCUACCCUCGCCGUUGUCCAGCUCGAUGGGGAGGAGGCAGUUGACGAGUCGGCCGAGCAGGACGGCACAGGCGUUGGUGAAGAUCGACGAGGCGUUGAACCGAGGGUUGGGGCCGAUUUAUCGGUACACUCUAAAGCCGAUAUUGAGGAUUCUGAGGACGGUGUCCACGAGGGUAUGUAUGACUCCGUUCCUCGUCGUAAGCAAGCUCGAAGAGAUACUGGGGCGAACCAAAUUGGGCGCGAUCGUGGUGCAGACCAUGAGGCAGGUGCACGCCGUCGUCUGGCCCGGGAUCGUCCUGUGGACGCUCAUUUGGGCUUGGUACGCGAUUUAG